AUGGUUACAUCGGGAGUCUCUGUUAGUGAAGAACUUGGUAGCAGCGGUUUUGUGUCCGUAUAUGCGGAGUAUGCUUCUCCAUAUGUAGUAAUCAAACGGUCUAAAUUCGUAGCGAUGGAUGAACAAACGAAACGGCCAUUGGAAACUGCUGAUUGUCAAUCAUUAGUUCGUUAUUAUAGAUUCUACACUGUGCUCAAAUCAGACAUUUAUAUAUAUUUAAUUAUCGAAAGAUGCCAGAAAUCAUUUGAAGAUCUUCUGAAAGAUCCUGCAUUGGUUCAAAUAUCACCAGAUGAAAUGAUAUUUUACCAUAUAAGUGCACUUCAUGGACUUCGAGUGUUACAUAGCCUUGGAAUUGUACACGGAAAUAUAAAACCGUCAAACAUUUUGCUUCGAAAAACAGAACGAGGUUUCCUUGCUGUUCUAACAGACUUUGGUUUAUUCAAGUUUCGGAAAUCCGUUGAUCUGGAUAAAAACAUUGCUACAAGCUUGUAUCGUGCACCGGAAGUGAAAACUAGAGAAAAUUUGAGUGAAAUUGCUGACAUUUUCUCAAUUGGAGCUACAUUGUCAGAAAUACUAUGUAUGGGUUCUGAACGUACACCGUUAGAAAUACUAUGUAUGGGUUCUGAACGGGUUGCAACAGCGUUUCGGAAAUGGAAAGAAAAACUACAGUGCGAGGAACGUUCGUAUUGUGAUGACCUCGAUUCGAUGGAUAUGAUGAUGGAUUUCUUCCUGCCAAAGAAGCAGUUACAUCGCCGCGGGCAAAGGACGAGUGGUCAAUUAAACUAUCGUUUCUGUGCGGAGAGUUUACGUUCUCUUCUCCAUCACAAGGGUGAUACUAGAAACCUGCUUGCGAAGGUCUUGAUUAAAUUGAUCACAAACGUCGAAGCUCCUCCUGAUUUCUUUGUACGGAAAUAUGUACAACAAACAAUUGAACUUCAUUGCACAAAUACCAUUAUCAUCGAAGACACUCAACAAUCUGAUCGAAAAGUAAAAGUGGCCAUUAGCAAAACUGCAGCACAGCGUCUUAAAAACAUGUGGGAUAAGCAGCCUCCUCCCGAAACACUUCGCAAAUUAAACCAUAUGUUAACAAAAUUACUUGAGCCACCAAAAACCGAGUGGGCAGAAGCAUUCGGUGAUUAA